AUGGCCUUGGAGACUACUCACUCACGCUUACGGCGCUGGAAAAAUGGCCCUCCGCAAACUCUAUCGCAGUUAAAAGAUGAAAAGCUGCGCCAACACAACCAACAAGAACGUGAGAACGACUUCUAUAGGAAGUCAUUCCAGAUUUUUCACCAACUUGCAGAUACGGUAAUGGACACCAUCCAAACCCUGGCUUUGGAGUAUCAUUUCAAUCCCGCCGCUGUCCCUGCCAAAGACCCGCGCUUGAUCCGAGCCGUCAUUCUCUUGCAGAUCGCGCUUGACAAAUCUCAUACGAAAGAGUCCGAGGCAAUCAAACAAUGGAAAGAACAAUGCGGAAUACAGACGAAUAACGAUUCACCAACUGAAUGGCUAUGA